AUUACCAGAAAAAAAAAAAAAGAAAAAAGACAGCCAUAAAGUGAUGAAGCCAAAAAUAAUAAUAAAAAAACGAAUUAUACAAUGCAGACGCAGUGAGCUCAUGGCAUGCGCUGUCACACGUGUCGAGAUCUGCGUGGUGCAAACGUCAACUGGCUUCGUCCAACCACACACACCGUCAAUCACGAGAAGAAAAAUCAACGGUCCAGAUCCUCCCGUCAGCUUUCAACCCACGCAAUUUGAUCAGCGCAUGGCAUAUGCUGACUCACCCUUACCCAUCCCAAUCUCCUCCCUCCUCCAGAAAGUUUUGGACCUUUCUGACGUGGAUCUUAAUCGGAUUCUCCCGACCAAUCUCUGACGUCCACGUCAAUUGAGCAUUUCUGCUUAUAUUAUUAUAUAAACACCCCCUCCCCCCACCUUACAAACCUCCUCGGCCUAUAACAUUUCUUCUUCAUUCGCAGGUUCUCUCUGUUUCUCACUUUUUCCCAAUUCUCAAUUCAAUUCAAUCGACCUGUCUGAGUUUUUUUCUGAGUACGUCUGAGUAGCUUCUAAGAGUUAAUCCAAUCGUCGCCGGAGAUCAUGGAGGCUCAAGUAAUUUGUGGAUUAAGCGAAUUAGAACCCGGGAUAAACUGCCUGAACAGCCCUUCCUUCGUUUCUGGGCUUUCUUCUCUUUCCGGCAUGGAAAUUAUCUACAAUUCUUACAAUUUCUGGAAAUGGGUCGCUUUGAUUCUUGCACUAGCCGGAGCUUUCAGCGGCAUAGCUAACAGAAUAAAGGUCCUGGUCGUGAGACGCCGGAGAUGUAAAUCUAAAUCUCUGGUUACGGAGCCUCUCCUCGGAGAGUCAGAGGAAGACGAUUACAGCGACGAAGACGAGACCAGCUCGUCGACGUCGGAAGAGGACGAAGAAGAAGAGCCUUCGCCGUCGUUCGAUCGGGGGGAACCCACCGACGAAGAUUUCCGCGUUGCGGGCUCUAGCGAUUACAAGUGGCAAAACCGUAAUUUGAGGCUUCGUCGACGGCGCAACGUCGGUGAUCGCUUCUCGUGGUCGGAUUUCGCCACUGGCAAGAGUGUCGUGAAGCUCUGGGACGGCCUGGGUUUGGGACUAGACGUGGAGAACUCAUCCAGUAGCCUAAUUUCAAUUUGGGAUUUGAACCGAGAUCGUAAGAUCAGCAGCUCGUUCCUCGCCGAGAAAUAUGAAGUUCCGGCUGCCUUUUCUAUGUCCUCGCCGGAGAUUCUCUCGAAGAACCUCGGAAUAAGCGUGUGGGACGCGAGAAUGAGCCGCCGGACUCCGGCGAUACACGCGGAGUGGCAGCCUCAGUCCGGGAUGGUAGUGGGUAUCGAUUCCGUCGGCGUCCAAAAGGUGUACGUCGGAGAUAAUUUUUCCGGCGAUGUAACCGUGGGCGACGUGCGGAAGGCAAGCUCGCCGUUGGGAAACCUCGAUGAAGGCGACGGCGACAGGUGGUGGGACGCUGACACGGUUAUUUUACCUGAAGAGUUCGUUGACGAGUCAGGGGCGAGCGUUUGCGACUCAGUUGUGACACGGUGUCGCGACGCGGUUUGGUAUUACCUGUUUUAGGAAGGGCAAAACGGUGAAAUGAAUAAAAAACCCAGUGGAAGGACAGGAACUUUGUAAAUUACUAAAUUAGUACUCAAUAUUUAUUUCCCUUAAUUUGAAUUAUUAUUAUUAUUAUUAUCAUUAUUAAUUUGAAUUUUCUUCUCAUGAA